AUGGUUAAGAAUAAUCAAACAUUUUCUCACACAAACUUGAUAUUUGACGGAUACAUCCAUAUUUCUCAGGUUAAUUCAAUGGAUUCACUGAUGCUUAGUGGAACCGGAAAGCUCACAAUGUUUAACAACAGAACCCCGAAUGGAUUAGGUUUCACAACUUCAUAUUUCAAGUGUAGGAUGCAGAUCCAAGGCCCUGACUAUUUAGUUCUGAUGUCAAUUUUGGUUAAUAGUUAUGCUAACAACGUGGCAAAGACUCUAAUUCAGAGAAAUCCAGAUAAAAAUUGUCAUAGAAAUCUGUUUUUGGUUUUGAGUUCUAUCUACAAGACGAUAGCUUUGAAAGGGUGCUAUACAGGUCAUGAUUUGGUUUUAUUGCUCAACGGGAAUUUUCAUGCUGCCAAACCAACACCCUUAUAUUGGAAACACUUUGGACGAGAUGUAUUCGAUUUAUCAAAACCGUGCAACCACCACUUUCGCCGCCACUGGCUUAUUAUGACAUGGUUGAAAAGUUAA